CCCACUGCAUUGUGGCGCCGGACAGAAAGCGAGGCCAGGAUGUCGGGGGUCUGGGCACAGACCCUUCUGCUCAGCAGCCUGCUCCUACCUGCGACCCAUGGCUCCGAAGGCUGCUUCUGGGAUAACGGGGUCCUGUACCGAGCGGACCAGUCCUCUCCCGCCCCGGGCCUGCUGUGCCUCAACUGGCGAGAAGCGCAGGGCGGCACAGGGCAGCCCCCCGCCGCCACCGAGGACCACAGCUACUGCCGGAAUCCCGACGGGGCCUCGGGGGGUCCCUGGUGCUACAUCAGGGGCGAGGCCGGUGCCCCGGAGAAGAGGACCUGCCAAUCCCGCCGCUGCCCAGCACCUUCCCUGGAACCUUUGCCACGAACUCCUGAAGCAGAGCGGUCACAGGAAGCCAAGGAUGAUAUCCAAGUCUUUGCCCCUGCAAGUUCCUUACCUUCCGGGAGUGAAGCAGCAGCAGUACAGUCUGUUAUUGGGAUCAGCCAGAGAGUGAGGAUGAACCCCAAGGAAAAGAAGGACUUGGGGACUCUAGGAUCCGUGCUGGGUGUCACCAUGAUAGUCAUCAUCAUUGCCAUUGGGGCCGGCAUUGUCCUGGGAUAUGUCUACAAAAGGGGGAAGGACUUGAAAGAGCAGCACGAGCAGAGGAUGUUUGAGCGGGAAAUGCAACGCAUCACCCUGCCCUUGUCCGCCUUCACCAACCCAUCCUGUGAAAUUGUGGACGAGAUGACGGUCGUGAUCCACACCAACCCGACCCCCGUGGAGGACGUACGUGAGGGCAACGCCCCUCUCAUGGGCCAGGCUGGCACCCCCGGCGCCUGAGCUGCCAGACAGUGUGGAGGAGCCCACAACGAUAUUGGUUCUAGAGCAGAUCUGCCUUCUCAAGGCUGAAGGUGGCCCCUGUCUUUUGUUACGGUAUUUUUUAUGGGGGUGAAUGAGACAGAACUAGGACACACGCUAGUCCAGGCUCCCUGCUUCCGCAGACUAUUAGAAUCACCCAAAAUUGGUCUUUUAUCUCUUGGGUUCAGGAUGUCACCCAUGGAUGGAGGCUGCCUCAGGAGCCCUCCGUAGGGGCUUUUCACCGGCCCCCGUGGAACCGAGACCAGUUUACUUUCCUAAUGAAAAAGAGCGGGCUCUCAGUGCUCCCCAGGUGUCUUGGCAGCCAAGGGGAUCCCCACACCCUCCUUCCUGUUGGGUUGGCCCAUGCUGUUCUUUAUAUUUCAGCCCACAUGCAGAGGCAAGCAGGUGCUUCGCAUCAGGUCAAGAGAGACAGGGCGACUUUGAAUUUAGCUUUUUUCCUACGGCCACACAAGGAUGGGGAAUCAGUUUGUGUGGAGUGGCUAAAAGCGAGGGGACAGCUCUUAGCUCCCUCGACUUCGACUUAUGCAGAAAAAGAUCAAAUUUCUUCCAAAGUGAUUGGUGCUAAAUUAACACAGGGCUCAAGCUGACUUCCCGUUUCAGCGGGAGGCAGAGGGAACAUGGUUCCCGGACAGUUAGUGGAUUAAGGGGUCAGGAUGGCUGCCAUUUCCUGCUUAAACAGGACAGGCAGAAAGGGCUGGAAAGCCUCUCUCCCACGCUCAGACAUCCCCUGGAGAUUUGAUCUGAAACGGUGGAGAAUAUGGAGAGCCACUAAUAUUUCUUCAUUUAGAAAUGUAAAUCGGCCAGAGAAAUAGCCAGUAUUAACGUCAUUCCCAAAUGCCUUAGACUUUCCCAAGUUGUUAUAAUCCUGAAAGCUGAGCUAGAGCAGGGAACUUAAGUUGGGUUAACUUAGAAGCUGGGAGGAGCAGCAAGGGGCUUCUGCUGAAAUAAGCGUUCUCUAAUGCUUGCCUCUGUACUCUCCACUUCAGGCCACCUCUGAAAACCCCAAGUGACACUGUGGCUUAGAGCCAGAUUAUUCACCAAUUACUGGGGUCAUGACCCAACCUCCCGUGCUUCAACUAGGAGAAUUUUAUAGAGCUGCCAAAAAAACUUUCACACCAUUACUGUACUGGUGGGGUAGAGAGAUGGUCUCUCCCCUCUCCUUUCCCUACAUGGUCCUUUAUAGUCUACCUCCCCCUGGGAACUCCAUGCAGCUCCACACGAGAAGGGACGACACCCCAGAAUUAAGUUUUUCUAUCCCCCUGCUGUUCAUGUAGGACUUUUUAAAAGGAUCAGGUCUCUCCAGGCACUCAGCAUUUGUACUAGCUGGCUAUGUAUGAUGCACAAAAGGGAAAAGUGUUAACGGUUUUUACUUUUUUAUACUUUUGUUUUAUAUGCCUCAUUUUAAAACCUGAGAAUAGAGUACAAGAAACUGCUCUCAAUUCAACUUGUACAAAUACAUGAGUUCUCCAAACUA